UUCCGUCCCCCAGAGGAAGUAGCCGUCGCUCGCCUGUGACGCAACACUCGCGCGACGUUCAAUUCUAGCAAGUGGCUACAACAAGAGAGCAAACCACCUCGUAGAGAAGAAAGUGCGUCGUUCGGUUUAAAAAUAAAAAAUGCUGAAAAAGAAAUCGAGCGGUGGCGAGAAGAAGAGGAAGCACUCGCAGUCUGAAGAGCGACACGACAACAAUGGACGCAGGAGCACGGGAGCGAAUGUGGAGGUGAACUCCAAAGAUGAAUGUGCUGACCCAGAGCUGGACAGGAUUGGCAGUGACAUUGAGGAGGGGGGCCUGGACCUCAACCUCCCAUUUCAGCCCAUCACUGCCUACGUGGCCGACAAGAAGGAGAUGCUACGGCAGUGUCUCCUCGUGCUGGGGGAGAAGAAGCUGCGCAAGAUGCUGCCUGAUGAGCUCAGGGAUUGUAGUUUAGAGGAAAUCAAAAACCUUUGUUGGGAGCAACUGGAGCCGAUCUCAGACAGAAAUGUUUUUCAAAUCUUAGCAGGGGAAGAGCUGACAUCUGGAAAUGGGGAUGAAAACACAGAGGAAACCUUGGAGAGCCAGCAGGACAAUAAUGUAGACUCCACAUCUUGCAUCAAAACCGAGGACCCAAAGCCAGAGGUUGGUGGCUCAGGUGAGGAGAGCGAUGUCUUGAGCAUAAAUGCAGAUACUUAUGAUAGUGACAUUGAGGGACCCAAAGAUGAGCAGGCUAUUAAAGCUGUGAAGUUACAGGGCAGCAGUCGGGAUGCAGCUGAUCCUCCUGUAAACCCCGACCCAGCUGAUCCUCCCGCGCCUCCGCCUGCCGACUCCCAACCAGCCGAAGCAAAGAAAGACAUUCAAAGCGACAUAGAUAAAAGCGUCAGUGAGAUUUUAGCGAUUUCCUCCACUUCAAGUAAAGAGCCAGCUAAAGAGGAGAGCGUACCACCGCAGAGUGCAGACGUCAGCCUACCAGUUCAAGCCAGACCGGUUUCAAGUGGUGCACCUGCCGCUAGUCAGCCGUCCAUUCAACAGCUGGAGCUCCUGGAGCUGGAAAUGAGGGCGAGAGCCAUCAAGGCCCUGAUGAAAGCCAGUGAUGGGAAGAAGGUUUCUUCUGUGAAAAAUGUCUAACAUGGUUUAUACUUGUGUUUUGUUUGAUUUAAUGGUUUCAAUGCGCUUUGAAAAACAAACUUUACUGACGCUGGAUUUAGUUUAGUUUUUGUAAACUAGAUUUUUUUUUUUUUUUCAAUUGGUGUUGUAAAUGUAAGAUCGAUGCCAUGUUUGCAUUAUUGCUCCAUAUUGGAAUGGUGUGACAAACUGGUUAUUACCUAAUUAAACACAAAGAGCUGUUUUAUUCCUGCUCUACUCUCAA